AUGGAAGACUCAUUAAAAGAGGAGAUUUUCAAAGACCUGUAUACGAUUCUAGAAGCUGCUUCUUCGAAAUGCAAUGUCAUUGACGAAAAGUUCCCGGGCGAGUUUUUCGAGUCGGAGCCCACAAGGAUAUACAGCAGCUAUGUGGAGUUCCUGCGCGGGCGGGCGGACGCGGAUGCCCAGAUAGACGAGCAGCAGUUGGCGUUGACGAACAUACGGCAGCGGUUCGAGGAGGGCGAAUACGCGCGCAGCAAGGACGGCUUGUACCGGCUGUACCACGACGUGCGGCUGGUCAGCACGAUGCUGAUCCAGUACUACUCGCCGGGCACACGCAGUUACCAGAUGGUGGACAAGUUCUACAAGUUUGCCACUGAGCUGCUGCUGCGCGAGUGCUACAAGCACGGCGCGAUGCUGGUGCACGCGGAACCCUAUGUGAAGAGCAAGGAGGAGACGGAGUUCUUCAACAUCAUCUCGAAGGACUUCAUCAAGAUAUCCACGAGCUACACGCUGCCGAUUGUAGAAUCGUACCACAUUUCAACGAAGUUCGGCGAUCUGUUUUCCUCUACGAUUUCAAGCUCGCCGCUCGACGAGCGCCCGCCGGACCUGCCCAACAGCAAUUUUGAGGUAACAAAGAUUAUUCCUCACACAGGUCUGCACCUGAGCAAUAAGCUGGGGUUUGUGGCAGCAAAUACAAGUAAUAUACCGGAUCCGACCCUCCCCCCAACUGAGAUGAUGACGAAGUUUUUGCAUCCAAACUGGUAUGCAUUGCCGACCACGCUUUGGCUGAAGUAUGGUGGCUAUGAAUCCUUUGCCCCAACGAUAACAGAAAACGGCUCUGUGGUGGACUCUUCUCGUAUCGGCGAUAUAUGGCUUGAGCGCACCAGCUACCACGAGCUGUGGAAGCUCAGAAAGGGCGUUAGAGACGGAGAAUCUAAUGCUAUGAGAGAAGAGGAGAACGGUGGUAAGGUUGGGGAACCUGAAGCUACUAUAGAGGAAGUUCACGAUAAAGUUGAGGAAGCGGAUACUACCAGAGAGGAGGAUAAUAGCGUCGACAAGGAGAAGGAUGAGUCGGCUGGCAAGGAACAGGAGGACAAGAUUGAUGAUUCUGAAAAUAUUCCCGAGGUACCUGUGACCUCAACCCUAUCAGCAGCUUUGAUUAAUGGAGGUACUGCACAGCAGCACAAAAAUGAUGCUGUGAGUGCUGUGGAACCAUCAGAACAACAAAAGACUAACACAUAUACGCCAAAGUCCGUCAAUGUCAACCUAGAGCAUCUAUACAGAUGGGCGCCUUCCAAUGAGAUAGAUGAUGAUGAACUGGAGGCUUUCCGUAACAACACGCAUCAGCAGUUGAUCUCUAAAUGCUUGCUCCAGCUACAGCAGAUGAAACGGAGUAGGAUCCAAGCUGGUAAAGUAUCAAAGCCAACUUCGGAAGAGACGAAGAUUUACUUCAAAAUUCAGCGCAUGCUGAAGGAGGUUAUACUGGCUCAACAGGCUGCGGAAUUCCCAAAAAUAUACAUCAAAGAGUUUCCAGUGUUACAAGCUAACUAUGCUGGUAAUAUACCCGUGGUGAGAACUUACCCAAAUAGAAAGAAGAAGUAUAAGAAAUGA